GGGAAGUAACUAACAAACUCCCCAUACUGUUGAGAGAGUCCCUCUUGUAUCUCUCUCGAUUACUCUUUUAGCAAGAGAAAACUUAAAGAACCAGAAACAUUGCUGAAAGAGGGAGAGAGGACCAAAGUGGGUUUUCAUUGAAAAUGUCAAUACCAAAUCUUGAAAAUUGCAAGAAAAGGAAAAGAUGGCCAAAACUCUACGAUUUCAACACAUUUUGUGAACCGGAUUGCCCCAUUAAUCCUAGGGGUCCUUUCCGCGAUAACAUGCGGCUUUUUCUUCAACAAUGUGCAGAACCUGAAGAUUAUAAAGUAGAGGGCAUGUCCAUUUGGUGUACUUUGCUUGUUAUUGAAAGUAAAAACUUUGUUGUUCCACUUUACACCAUUGAAGAAGAUGUUAAGGAGUCAGUUAGACCCUUUUGUGAUCUGUGCAGAUGCAACGGUUGGAGUCACAAUUCUGUUUCCAAAAGAAAGUAUCAUAUGAUAAUACCAGUUGAUAGCGAGUGGAGUCAGAAAUUGGAGGAUGGCGUUUGUGAUCUACAGACACAUCUCUUGCAUGGGUUGAUUCACUGUAAUGGUUUUGGUCAUUUACUAUGCAUAAAUGGGAGAGAAGGGGGUUCCAAGUAUCUUUGUGGCCGGGAAAUCAUGGAUCUUUGGGAUCGUAUUUGUGCAAGUCUUCGAACUAGGAAAAUCACUGUUGAGGAUGUAUCAAAGAAGCGGUCCAUGGAUCUUCGCCUUCUUUAUGGGAUUGCAUAUGGACAUCCAUGGUUUGGUAGAUGGGGAUACAAGUUUUGCCAUGGAAGCUUUGGUGUGACAGAGCCCAUAUACUUCAAAGCAAUUGAAAUUCUGAGCUCUAUGGAACUUGAGAAGAUCAUUCAAGAUUUCAGUGACACGAGCCUAAGCAAAAGCAUAAAGCAGAUAAUUCACUACUACAAAGACCUGAGUCCAACCCAGCUGAUCACAUUCAAAGAUCUUCUUCGUUUCAUGCUUGCCAUCAGAUCCUGUCCCUGUGUAUGGAAGAAACAAAGCAUGACUGCCACCACCACUUCAAAGCCUCCUAUCAAUAUUGUUCUCCGGAGAAAGCCACUCAUAAAGGAGAAAUGUAUGAAGUACAGAAAUUUUAGCUCGUUGGUUGGUACAAUGGACAGCAGAUGGCCUACAAGAAGACUGCAAUAUGCAGCUGAAGUGAUUGUGGAUGCAUUGAAAGCAAAGAAGGAGGACAAACACAGUCAAGAAGGAAUGACUAGACAAGACGUGAGAGAUGCAGCUCGAAUGCACAUUGGUGAUACAGGCUUGCUUGAUUAUGUUCUGAAAUCAAUGAACAAUGUGGUUGUUGGAAAGUAUGUUGUCCAGCGGGCAGUUAACCCAAAAACAAGGAUUCUUGAAUACUCAAUUGACGAGUUUGGCGACGGGAUUAUCCCUGUCAAGUCUGAACCAGAAUCUGAAACAGUUCCGGCACAACCUCUUUUGCCUGGAGCUGAUGUUAAUGCUGAUGUGGUCUUUGUAUACGAGAAUGUGCUGUUUAACUACCCAGAAUCAGAAUUGGUUGAAGUAGCAACUCAGGCAAUUCUAGACAGCAAGCAUUUUGUGAAGGAGUGGCCUUUUAGGGUUGAGAAUGACCAGCUGUUGAGUUUCAUAUGCCAAGUGAUGCCAACUUGGAAUGAUCUUGAAGCUAAAUUUCACAGGAAAGCUCCUCCUGGCGAGAUUAUCGUGCUUCCAUUGCAUGCUUCUGUGCUGGAACUAAAGCAAGAAGCAGAAAGUGCAUUGCGAGACACAUACUGCAUGCUGGAGAGGUUUGUUGUUAUAGAGAUAGAACACAUGGAAAACCUAGAUGAUAAGGACUUGCUGUGUAAAUUUGUCGAAUCCGGUGCAGAGAUUUUUGUGAAAGGGUAUGGCAUGGACAUAAAUUCUCAGUUGAGGUAUGAAGGUGGGUCAGAUAACUGGAAAGUAAGAUGUGAAUGUGGGGCUUGUGACGAUGAUGGGGAGAGAAUGGUAGAAUGUGACAUUUGUGAGGUGUGGCAACACACACGCUGCAAUGGAAUUGAUGAUGCUGAUACAGUACCACAAUUGUUCAUUUGUUCUGGAUGCUGUGAUUCUCUACUGCCAGGGAAAACUGAAACUCACCAGAGAUUUGAGAGUUCUGAUGAUUUGUUGAUGAUUCCUGCAGCAAUUGGAUAUGGAGCAGAGGCUGCAGAGCCUUUUUACGAAGCAAUUGGAUAUGGAGCAGAGGCUGCAGAGCCUUUUUACCAAGCUUGAAUGCGCUUUGACAAUGACGCUUUGGUUGAUAUGAGCUGAAAUAUCAAUGAACAGUGUUGGAAGGUAUAUUCCAGCCAGCCUCUAGUGCCUGGAGCUGAUAUCUAUGCUGAUGUGGUUUUUUAUAAAUGAUGAUGAACUUUUCGACAACCCAGAAUCAGAAAUUGGUUCAAUCAGCAACCCAGGCGAUUUAGGACAUCAAGGAAUUCCACUGAUCAAUGAGUGUUAGGUAAGGACUAACAUGCUUUUAUAUGGUCUUUUUUUUAUACCUUAACCUGAGAAUCACACAGCAUGAUUCUUGUACACAAACAACAUGAAAGAGGUUUUGUACAAUUUGUAAGUGGAUGAUACAAAAUAAAAUGCAAAGGAUACAGAAUGAGAUUGGCUA